CUCGUCUACUCGUGCAUCUCGUGGCGCAUCCCUUGCUGAAACCAUGAGCUCAUCCUUCGGUUCAUCCCGUGGCGCGUCAAUUGACUCUUCUAUGGUCUCCUCACUUCCUGCCUUGGCUUCCUCCUUGGACCGUCUUGCCUCCUCCUUAGCGGCCUCCUUGGCGAGUCGGGCCUCCUCUUUGGCAAGUCUGGCUUCCUCUUUGGCGAGUCGGGCCUCCUCUUUGGCGGCUUCCUUGAGCAGCUUCUUGAGCU